CUCCCCACGGUCAGGGCGGAUCCUCCACACACUCACACGGCGGAGCUCAGAGAGUACUCCUCAGGGAUCGCUAAAGUAUAUUUAGCAAACACCACCAUCGCCGUAUCGCCCUUUACUUUAUGUUUCGUUUGCUCACACACUAGGGGAAACUUUUGAAAAUGCUCCAAUCGUUCCGUUGCGGGUGACACUUUUGCUCAUAAAAGUCUUGGAAUGUCCAACCAUUCGUCCGGGAGCAGCAGUAGGCUGACCAUGCAGAAUCCUCGGAAGGAGCACCUGUACAAGGUGCUGGUCAUCGGGGACCUCGGGGUUGGGAAGACGGCCGUUAUCAGGCGCUAUGUGCACCAGACGUACUCCGCCAACUAUCGCGCAACUAUUGGAGUGGAUUUUGCACUGAAGGUGUUGAACUGGGACUCUGAGACCAUCCGUCUCCAACUCUGGGACAUCGCAGGACAGGAGCGGUUCGGCAACAUGACGCGCGUGUACUACCGCGAGGCCAUGGGGGCCUUCAUCGUGUUCGACGCCACCAGGCCCACCACCUUCGAGGCGGUCACCAAGUGGAAAGAGGACCUGGACUCCAAGCUCAUGCUGGCAAACGGCCGGAGCAUCGCCACCGUGCUGCUGGCCAACAAGUGCGACCAGGGUAGGGACGAGUUCAUCAACAACAACGGCGUCAAGAUGGACCAGUUCUGCAAAGAGCACGGCUUCGCCGGUUGGUUUGAGACGUCCGCUAAGGACAACACCAACAUCAACGAGGCGGCCAACUUCCUGGUGAAGCACAUCAUGGCCACAGAGCACGACAUCCUCAAGUCGGUGGUGCCGGACACCAUCUCUCCCCAGCUCGGCUCCCAGGGCGAGAGUCUCUGCUCUGGCUGCUUCAAACCCUAA